AUGUCCGCACACUAUCAGGUGGGUCAACAAGCUGCCUUAGCCAGAACCAUUGAAACUUCUAAUUUAGAUGUAAUGACUGAUCGUGACUUUUCAUCAGUAGAUUACGAAGAAGGUGAGGUGGAUGAUAAUAGCGAAUCUGACGCCGAGGAACCACCUCUGGAUUUAAAUAACGACAAGCGACGAUCGGACACACGGAGACACCCGCGGCAUGAAAAGCACCAUGUAAAACAUAAGCAUGAGAAAAAGCCUCAAGUUAAAACUCGACACAAAUCUCUUAUGUUGUCGAAAACCAAUGUACACGAGGGUCGCGAAGAGAGCACACUGAAGGAUUCCUCCAGAUCACGUCACUUUUCAAGAAGACCUUCGUUAAAAGAUCAUGUUUCCGAUGAUGAGGUGGAUUUCCACAUUUCUGAACGAGAAAAACUGACAAAACGUCAUAAUUUGGAAGAUCGACGGAAAAGGAAAAGGCGGCGAUUAGACAAACCUCCUUCUCGAACUCCACAAAUCCAGUGUCGUUAUUUUAUGGAAGGCAGAUGCCAUAAAUGCAUUCACGGUGAUUCUUGCAAAUUCUCACACUUACCCCUUACCCCGGCUUCUAAAGCCUUGUUGGACCGGGUUGCGCCACCGAAGGACACUGGUCUACCGGAAAAUAGUCGUGGUCCUGGGUAUGCCGCUUACGGUGAGCAUGGUGAUGUUGAUUACCGAUUCGGAUCAAGCAAUCCACCAUUGCAUCCCCGGGAAGAUUUUGAUUGUACCUCUGGGCAUAGGGGCUUAUUCGCCCCGAAUUUUCCUUCGGAAGAACGCUUGAGACCUCCCGGCCCGAAUUUCGAAGUACGGGAGAGAAUGGAUCCCUAUCCUGCGUUGCUGCGACCACCGAUGCCCGAUGGACCUAUCAGGCCUUAUGGUCCAGAACCUCAUCUUUAUCGUCCCACUAAUCCCUUCGGUCCCGCACCCCUGCCAACGCGAUAUCCUGGUCCUGGUGGCCUGCCAGAUGGGGCUUUUGUCCCUCNCUUGCUUCCUCCAAUGAAUAAUCAAGACUUACGAAGUCCGACGGACAGUCGUCCUCGGCCACAAGCUCCACUGGUUCCACCACAUGGGCCUCCGGUUUACGAUAUUCCAGAAUGGCAUCCAGAAUUACCUACUUUUCCUCCUCCAUUCGGCCCCCCUCCUGGACCUGUCCCUUUUCCACCAAAUUUUCAAACUACAGGCGCACCUAAUAACGAGGCAAUAGUGAGCUCGGAACUAGACAAGAUGGCUGCCUUACUGGCUGCGAGCAAGCCACCUCCAGGUCGCAGUUUAACGAGUUCCGCGGACCCACGAACUGUUUUGGCUUCAACGGAUCCACGCUCCGAAAGCAGUGCCAUUCGAUCAGAUGAAUCACACCUCACUCCGGUACAGGUGAGCCAGUUUUUUCAGUUAGCUGUGCAAGUAAUCGACUUAAGUAUCCGAAUGCAGCAUUUAUUUACGUUUGACUAG